AUGAUGAGAACCGCAACAUGGUUUUUACAAAAGCCGAAAGUAGCGUCCUAUAUGGGAUGCGUAGGAAACGAUCAUGCAUGCGAGAUAUUAAGAGAAUUAGCAGAGAAAGCUGGUUUAAUAACCUCAUAUCAAACGAAAUCCGAUUUACCAACUGGUCAAUGUGCUGUUUUAAUUACACAAAAUAAUCGGUCAAUGAUUGCUAGCCUAAGUGCCUCACAACACUUUAGUGUUGAACACAUUGAAAAACCUGAAAACAGAGCAUUAUAUGAAAAUGCACAAGUAAUAUGCUGUGAAGAAACUAAAUUAUUUGCAAAACAUUAUUUGGAUGUACAAACAGACGAUAUUUACGCGUCAAUAAAAGCACUGCGUGACAUGUCAAAGUUAAAUAUGGCAAGACCUCGCACUAUUGUAAUAAGCAGACCACCAGAACGAACAUUAGUAGGAACGGGAUUUCUUGCGUCUGUGGCAUUAGGCAAACAUAAAGACGAAGACGUUGUUGAUUGUGUUAAAGCUGGAAUGUAUUGUGCAUAUGAAUGCCUGCAACAAACGGGAUGUACAUUUCCUGAGAAAGUUUCAUAUGACCCAACGAAAUUUUGA